AUGAUUAACAAUAAUUCCAGUAACGAGAAUUCCAGUAACGAGAAUUCUAGUAACGAGAAUUCCAGUAACGAUUACAUUUCUAGUUCCAUUUCUAGUCAAAGUGAAAAUAGUAGUCAAAACGAGGAUAUCACAACGAGUGAUCAAACUAUACCAGAAAGUUCUACUCAUAUGGGUGUAACUCAACAAUACCGGCAUUUGUGGGUUCAAUGCGAAAAUUGUUAUGGAUUAAAUUAUAAGAAAUUUUUUAAAUCAAAGAUGCAUCUUUGUGAACAAUGUGGAUAUCAUUUGAAAAUGAGUAGUUCAGAUAGAAUCGAACUUUUGAUCGAUCCGGGCACUUGGGAGCCUAUGGAUGAAGACAUGGUCUCUCUGGAUCCCAUUGAAUUUCAUUCGGAGGAGGAGCCUUAUAAAAAUCGUAUCGAUUCUUAUCAAAGAAAUACAGGAUUAACCGAGGCUGUUCAAACAGGCAGAGGGCAACUAAACGGUAUUACCGUAGCAAUUGGGGUUAUGGAUUUUCAGUUUAUGGGAGGUAGUAUGGGAUCCGUAGUCGGGGAGAAAAUUACCCGUUUGAUUGAAUACGCUACUAAAGAAUUUCUACCUCUUAUUAUAGUGUGUGCUUCCGGAGGGGCACGCAUGCAAGAAGGAAGUGUGAGCUUGAUGCAAAUGGCUAAAAUAUCUUCUGCUUUAUAUGAUUAUCAAUCAAAUAAAAAGUUAUUCUAUGUACCAAUUCUUACAUCUCCUACUACCGGUGGGGUGACAGCUAGUUUUGGUAUGUUGGGGGAUAUCAUUAUUGCCGAACCCAAUGCCUACAUUGCCUUUGCGGGUAAAAGAGUAAUUGAACAAACAUUGAAUAAAACAGUACCCGAGGGUUCACAAGCGGCCGAGUAUUUAUUCCAGAAAGGCUUAUUCGAUCUAAUCGUACCACGUAAUCCUUUAAAAAGCGUUCUGAGUGAGUUAUUUCAACUACACACUUUCUUUCCUUUGAAUCAAAAUUAGAACAUUAAGUUCAAUUAUUUUGAGCAAACAAGUAAUUAGUUUAUCGGAAUCCAAGUUAAAAUUAGACGAAUGGGGUUUUCUUUGUUGGCAUAAGAUCUAAUUAUAUAAAGAAUAAAAAGUCACAGAAAAUCCGCCCCUUUUUCUAUAUUCCUGAUUAUUGAUCAAGAAGCCUCUAUUAACAAGAUAAAAGAUGAAAUUCUUAUUUUCGUGAAAUUAGGCAAAUCAAAAAAAAUAUACUCUUCUCGUCAUAUAUAAUGAAAAUCUAUAAAAUAUAGAAUUUUUUCUUUUUUUUAUAUCUUACGAUAAUCCUAUUUUGACUAAGAAUCCCUGAUGGAUGGGAUUCUAACAAACCCUUCAAUAUAUUCAAUAUAAAUAGAAUCUAAUUAAUUUUUAAGAAACUUUUUGCUUAGUAAAUGAAAUUCGAAGACAAGAGCAAAAAAUGAAGAAAAUAAUAUCUCAUCCAUAUCCUUUCAAAUCUUUCAUGUAGAAAGAUCAAAAACUACAUUAUAUACUCACUUAGAUAGAUACUUAUAUUUAUACUUAAUAGCUAUUAAGUAAUAAUAAUAAUUCCAAUUUAGAAUUAUCAAAUUAUAAUAAGAUAUCUUUAUAUAUAAUAAGAUAUCUUUAUAUUAUAAAUAUAAAAUAUAAAUAAUAAUAACA